AUGGCGCACGACUCUGGCGAGGGCCAGCAGGGACGGGCAGGCAGAUCAGCGAGCUCUGGCUCCAACAGUGGAGUUGGCAACGGGGUUAUGAGUCAGACGUCUACUGGCACGACAGGGGCAACGGCGGCACCGGUGGCAACGACAGGGGAAGCGACGAUAGCAGCAGUGCCAGCAGUGCCAGCAGCGAAUGAGUCGGCACUUCAACAGGCGUUGCACGGUGAAUCGCAUGCGCUCAGCGAGGGUGAACCGCAGAUGAGCGCAAUGUUGGAUGCUUCACAGAGAAUGGCGAACGUGAGAAGACGAAGAUCAUCGGCACAGAGCCAGAGACCGCGUCAGAGACGUAGGAUACACAGACUGGCGGAUACCCUGAGGUUCUGGAACAGAGACGGUGAGUCGAUACAGUCGCUGUUCGAUACCAUGAUUGACGAGGCCCGUGCUGACAUGGAUAGCAAUGCUACUGAUAACAACAACGUGCGGAUAGCAACAGGCGCUUCCGCCGCUGUUCCAGCACCUUCUGGUAACAAUGAUGCAUUGCCUCGUUCACCCUCUGGCGAUGCCUCUGGAAGAGAGGAUGAAAUUGCACACUUUAUGGAUGAGCUGGAUAGCAUAGCCUCCAGAUUAGGAAACACGGCAGCUGCUAGGGCAACCCAAAAUAGAUCGCUCUCAGGAUCCGCUGACUCCAACGACUCAGGCACAACUCAAGGGUCAUUAUCGUUCGACAACCAGGUUGAAAUGCUUUCAAGGCUCUUGGAACUGGCAGCUUCGUCUGCUCUUCGAGGGCUAAUGGGAUCAUCGGUGGUCAAUGGUCGUCGUUUUGAUAACACUUCGAGAUCAACAGGCGACAAUGGUGCACCACAGGACUCGACGUACCAAGAGUUCGUCACACAAUUGCACCAUGGACUGCUAAACACUGAGCUCACUCGUAACGCUGGCUCGGACAAUAUGUCCUUCUUUAGAGCGUUUAGAUUCGACAGUGAAACCUCUCAAGGCGCAAAUGGUAACCAAACAGCAAAUGAGCACUCUGUUGUACCUGUGAUGAUCAUUGGGCUACGCUCGGUACAACAACCCCGAGACACCACAGCCACGACAUCCAAUAGCACACCACAACCAGAGAAUGUUGACUGGUUUAUGCGUGGUGAGAACAGCAGACCUCCAACAACUUCUGCAAAUCCAACAGCAUCACAUCCAACAUCACCAACACUAUCUCCAUCGUCAUCAGAAACAACAACAAGGUCUACUUCAACGCCACAGGAUGAAGACUCGGCUGCACAUACCUCUUGGGUGAUAUUUGUAAUGGGCAACUCAUUCGAAUGGAACCAUCCGUUAUUAUCAGCCCCCUCAUUGAUGUCUGAAAACCCAACUUACGAGGACUUGUUGAACUUGCAAGACUUGAUUGGUCAAGUCAAACCACAAGUCACCACCGCUGAAGAGUUGGAAAAACACGACUGUCAAUUGUUUGAAAUCGUUAGCACUGAGUCAUCUAGUCUAAGAACAACACAGUAUAAGACCUUAGACCAUACAGCUUUGAACGACAGGUGUCAAAUUUGUCUAUCCGACUACCAGUGUAACGAAAUUGUUCGCAAGUUGCCGAAUUGCGGACACUUCUACCACCAAACAUGUAUAGACACUUGGUUGACAAGGGGUAAGAAUAACUGUCCCUUGUGCAGAUCCAAGGGAAUCCAAUCACAAGAUGAUACCACAGCGUCAUGA